ACACUGACUGAGUGCCAAGUCAGGGCUCCAAAGAAGGAAGAAAGAACGGGUCGUCGUCCCCGACAAUUCCACCUCCAUAAAUUUCGCUCCCGUUAUUUAACUCCCUAACCCCUUCUCCUUUUUAACCUUAAACACCGUCCCUUUUCCCCAUCCCACUCCCUGUUUCUUCUUCCCUUCUUUUCAUUGGCUUUCAAUUUAUCCAAAUAUCUUCCAACUAAGAUGACGGGAACCGACCAAAGCUCCUUCUUGGGACGAAUCAGCAUCAGGCGGAACCAAGUCAACGCCAUGGAAGGGUACCACGAGCAAGAGAUUGAAGACCUAGAGCUUUUCCAAAGGCAGCUCUCCGAUCGCUUUACCGAGCUCUUAUCUGCCCCCGACGACGCCCCCACUGAAGCCUUUCUCUCUAUUUCCUGGAUACGCAAGCUGCUCGACGUGUUCCUUUGUUGCGAAACCGAAUGCAAGGCAAUUCUCUUGAUGGAACGGGACGCGGCUCAGAUCUCCAAACCCCCUCUCGAUCGCUUGAUUCCCGAACUUCUCGAACGCGUCGUUAAAGCUAUGGACAUUUGUAAUGCGGUAACCAACGGGGUGGAGUUGGUCAGGCAUUGCCAAAAGCUGGCGGAGAUUGCCGUUUCGGCUUUGGAACAAAAACCUUUCGGUGAAGGACAAGCGAGGAGGGCCAAAAAAGCGUUGGUUUCACUAAUGUCGGCAAUGCACGUCGACGACAAAGAAAGCUCCGUUCAGAAAACGGCGGAGCGGAGCUGGUCGUUCGGCCGCCGAAGUGGUAAUAAAGAUCGACACCAUGGACAUUACAGGUCACUUUCUUGGCAGGUAGCCAAGCAUUGGUCAGCAUCCAAACAGAUUCACGCCAUGACCAUGAACCUCGCUGCUCCACGUGGACCGGAGGCCUCCUGUUUGCCCGCCCCGGUUUACAUACUGAGCUUGAUUAUAGUUUUUGUUAUGUGGGUAUUGAUUGCUGCGAUACCUUGUCAAGAGAGGAGCGGUUUGACAACUCAUCUUCCGAUUAAUAAGCACGUGAACUGGACCCAUAGUCUGGCCGGUAUACAUGAUAAAAUCGGUGAGGAGUGGAAGAAGAAGGAGAAGAAAGGGAUGGCUGGGUUGUUAUACGAGAUGCAGAAGAUGGAGAAACUCGGCCAGAGUUUGAUUGAAUUCACUGACUCAUACCAGUUCCCCGGAGAGAAAGAGAAAUCGGACGAAGUGGCUGCACAAGUGGCGGAGCUGGCGGAGGUUUGUCGGAGAAUGGAUGAAGGGUUGGUGCCUUUGCAGAUGCUGAUUAGGGAAGCGUUUCAUAGGUUGGUAAGAAACAGAACUGAGUUUCUCGAUGUGUUGGAACAAGGUGCCCCGGUCGUGUAACUAUGUCGGGCAUUUUUGUCGGUCAAUCUUUUGGUCCGAACAAGGCCUUGAAGGUUGUUCCCCCCCCCCCCCUUGUUUUAUUUUUUAAUUUAACACCGGCUUCAGGCUCCAGAGUCCAGGCUUCAGCCACUAUGGUUGUGGUGAAGCAAGCAUUUUCUUUGUGAAAUGUAGGCUUCUUUUUUUUUUUGGUUAGCUUUGGCCGUUUGUUUAAUAUGUUGACUAUGAUUUGAGUACAGAAGCUUUGAGGGAAAUGUAAAUACGCAAACUACUAUAUAACAUUUUUGUAUUCAAGUGAGAGUUUCUUACUUUGCAGAAAGUACAUGUAUGUUGGAUUGACAUUUUCAUAUGUUCUUGUUGGUCAAUUUGGAAAUGUGAAACAUGCUUGAUCUUCUUUAAGGCAA